AUGCAUUACGCACCCUACGAACAACCCAGUUGUUUCCGCCGAUAUGCGUUCAGAUCGUUUGUCUGUGUGGUUCUUUCCAUGUUACUUGGACUUCAUCUCCAAUCACAUUUUUGGGUCCCACCAGACGGUAUCGAGAGGGACUUCACUGAUAUCAAGGAUGUAAUAACCCAAUUGUCAUACGGUCUCACUGAGAUAAAUCGAAAACAUGAAAAAUUGCAAGGCGAAAUAGAGCGUAUAUCGGAAACCUUGCCCGCUGUGGCAGCGGCUGCUGGACGAGCGAGGGACGCGCUUGAACCUUCGAGGAUGAGUAGACACAGUCUUAAUGUCCACGAUUAUGACAGACAGAUAGUCGAUUAUGCAUUAGAAACGGCUGGUGCUAAAGUGGUUGACACUGGAAAUACCAUAGAAUACAUGAUACACGAGUCGCCUGUCAGUUGGGCUCUCCAUAUAUUAGUCGCGUCUUUCUGUCGCGAGUGUUUGGGCGCUGCUUCCAUCAUCCGACCAGGUACAUUGCCAGGAGAAUGCUGGGCCUUUAAAGGCACCAAGGGCGAGGCAACUAUACGCCUUUUGAGCACCAUUUAUGUGACUGGAAUCAGUUUGGAGCAUAUACCACCUCAUAUUUCACCAACCAAGGAGAUAUCUUCAGCGCCCCGAUUAUUUCAACUGGAGGGAUUAGAAUUUCGUAACGACCCAUACCCAUACGACUUCGGCUCUUUCGAAUACGACAAAGAUGCAAAACCUAUACAAUAUUUCGAAGUUCGACAUCCGUCCUCGAAGGGCUUUAACUUAGUUCGCAUAAGGAUAUUUUCCAACUGGGGCCACACAGUGUAUACGUGCGUGUAUCGGGUGCGAGUUCAUGGCGAACUUGUCAGAAAACCGCUUAAUUCAAUCAGAGAUGAUGGUGAUAAUCUUGUGGAACUAGAAUAA